UGGCCUGGUUUUGUCCGCUUGAGCUGCGCCCCGGUGUCCCGAGACCGGCGUGCUGGAGCUCCCGCGCUGCUGCUCGUUGGCCGCCUUUCCUGUGGACUCUUGCCUGCCAGCUGCGACAGCGAGCUGGCCACUCCUGGCUCUUCCUCUCGAGAUCAGAGGUCCUCCAGAAGCAGAAGGCAGCUCCACUGCUCUCUGGGGGGCCUUUUCAGCCAUGAGAAACAUGGUGAACCUCUACCUGCUAGGUGUGGUGCUGACCCUGCUUUCCAUCUUUGUGAGGCUGAUGGAGUCACUGGAGAGCUUACUGACAAGCCCACUACCUGAGAAUUCCUGGACCACCAGAGGUCAGCUUGCCAACACAGAACCCCCCAAAGGCCUUCCAGACCAUCCAUCCAGAGGAGUGCAAUAAAACCUCCCUCUGCACCAGCCAGACCAUGGACCACAGACAUCAACAUGUCCAGCCAGGUGUUCUGUUUCCUAACAAACUCACGGCACCAGUGUUUUCCAAGAAUGAACUGGUAUUAGGCCGGGAAGGGCCUGCUUGGAUGCUUCUUGCCCUGAAAAGCUGUUGGAUAUACAGAUGGGAGUGGGUUAUGAUGCUGUACUUUGCUGUCCUUGACAGUGUGGCUCUGUCACCUCUGAGGUGGGGACUUGGACUUGUGGUGCCUCAGCUUUAGCCAAUGGUUAAUGUAUUUGACCACACAUCGUAAAUAUCUGCCAGGGUUCCUUUGGCUAUGGUUGUCUUCUGGUCUGUUCAUUUGCUGUUUAGUUUCUUCUAUGAGAGCUUUUCUGUGUUUGGAAAACAGUCUCCAAGGUAUAUGAGUUGGCUUGAGAUGGGGGAGGGGGUGGGUAGGAGUGUAAUAUCCAAUAUGUAGUUCACAUUGUUUUACAUUUUUAAGUUCUUUCUCCAACACAGAAUUUGUGUGUUCCAAAGGGAGCAGUGGGAUGACUGAGUCUGCCCAGGACAUGGGCAUUAUGGCCACCAUGUGGUUUAAAUUAGUUUGUUUUUUAA